GUCAAAAAAGUGUCAAAGAAAAAUAUUGUGAAAAAUGGCGGCCAAGUCAAAGAAGCGGCUGUCGAAAAUAGAAAAUAAGCUAUUAAAAUUAGACAAGUUACAGUUAAAUGAUGUUAUUUGUUCCAUUUGCCAAUCGAUCCUCAUAGAACCAGUUACAUUACCAUGUUAUCACGAUUUCUGUCACGGUUGCUUUAACGGCAGUGUUGAAAAUAAUGCUUUGUGUUGCCCACUGUGUCGCCUGCGAAUAGGUUCUUGGCUCAGGACCACAGCAAAACAAAACAACCUGGUAAAUACACAACUAUGGGAGUUCAUCAAAUCAAAGUUCCCGCAUGAAAUCAGUGUAAAACUCAAAGGAGACGACAUCAAUAUCCCUGAAGAUAAGCCGGCCCUUCGUUUGAGUGCACCAGGGGAAAUAAGACUAGAAUAUGAAGCUGAACUGAAAAGAUUAAGGGAAGAGCGUGUACAAAUUGAACAAAAACAUCAAAAAGAAACAGAACAGUUAGUAAAAAAAAUACAGACUGAAGAAGAAGAAGCGCACAAAAAAUAUUUAGAACGAAUAGAAGGGGAUGAGAGACUUGCCAAGCAGAUCCAGCUGAACACCUCACAAGAAAUCAGUUCAUCCAGCACAAGUACUAGGAAGCAGAACACUAGGAUAGCUGCCAUCAAGUCUAGAAUCAAAACCAACAAAAUUGAAAACUAUUUGUGUAAAAGAAGUCCUCCCAUUGCUAAAGAAAGCCCUAAAGUACAAGAUGACAAUACAAGCACAGAUAGCUCAACUCCCAAGUCUGCCCCGGACAAGUCACAGGCAUCUGCUUCCCCUGAGGUGGCACCCAGCUAUACUAAAUACCUCAAAAAUAUCAUAGAUAAGAAAUUUAAAAAUGACUCAGGAGUAUGGAAUAAAGAGAAUGGUGAUACUACUCCUAAAGUGAUCUCAAAUGAUGAAGAACCAUCAAAACCCAAAGUGGAGGAGGAGGAGCCUAAGUGUAAGACAGUGAAGCCCACAAAGACCAUCCACUCGCUGCCGGUGUCGCUGCCGUAUACGGGCAUCCUGCAGCACAAGCGAAACCUGCUGGAGCGCAAGGACACCGGCAGCGCAGACUCCAUGCGCCAGGAGCUCUGCUACUUCAAGCCCAUCGAAGGAACUACACCAACCAGCUACAAGGCGGGGUGCGGGCUGCCGCUGCGCGUGGCGGCGCGGCGCCCCCUGGCGGCGGUGGCGGGCGAGCCGCUCCCGGCGCCGGCGCGAGGGCAGCUGCUGGCGGAGCUGUGUCGCCUGCGCAGCCUGUCGCUGGCCGCGCGCCUGCCCUCCGCCUUCGUGCUCGCCAUAGAGGUGCUCCGGGUGUCCACUGAGGGCCAUCCAAUUAAACUACCUCCGCGUACCAAGGCGAGUGUGAAGAAGUACUCUCCGUCGAGCCCGGUGUGCGCGAGCCCGAGCCCCAGCCCCCCCGCGCCCCCGCCGCCGCCCCUCGACGGCAUCGCCAAGCUCCACAGCGACUCCACGCUGCGCCGCACGCGCUCCAUGGGCAGCAUACCCAAGUCAGUCAACGAAACCACGCCCAAGAAGUCCAAAAUCAAAAACAGAAAAGUCUCAUCCGAAAGGAAACGCUACCUACGAAGCGACUCGAAGAAAUUCAAUGCGACCCUCUCCCUAACGAGCCCGCCGCUCGUCCCCGACCCCGUCAACAACAACAAGAUAAGCUUAGUUAUGAAGAAAUUGUCUAGUCCAUUAGAGAAGUGCGACGUGAAGUUGAUCCUGGAGGAGCAGCUGCGCAUCGAGCGGCUCAUCGAGCAGGAGAAGCAGGACCUGGCGCUGGCGCGGCGCGUGGACGCCGAGCUCAACGGCCGCCAGCUGCGCCGCGCCGCCGGCAAGCGCCCCGCGCCCCUCGCGCACCCGCUGCGCGCCAACAAGAAACUCAAAGUGUAGACCCUGCCCCGACCCGUGUGUACAUCUAGUUAGUCCACAGGAACCUCAGUAUUUAUUCGUAACUAGAGGGUUAGUUUAGAUUGACGAAAAACGAAUGAAAAAAGCUGUAGUGCAAGUGGUACAUUAAAUGAAUCAAGAUAGAGUCGUGGUUAGCGCAGCAGCUCUCCGAAUUUGGUAUAUUUGUCAGCUAAAGUAACCCUCCUGGCACUUAUGUCAUGUUGUACUCAUAAAUGUGUUGAAUGUUCCCUUUAUAUGUAAAUGGUACCUCCAUGUGUCUGUAUGUAAUGUACUGUCGAUCUCGUUUCGCAAUGUCUGGUCACACUACAGUAAUGUUACUUCUGUGGACAUUUUCCGCUUGGAAAUAAUGUGUAGUUUUUGUAAGGUGUCGUAAUUUUAUGUUUGUAUUGUUAAUUUGUUACCUGUCCUAAAUACCUACUGUUAAAUAGAGCUGUGAAAAAUUAUUCUUUCUUAAAUUAAUGUUACAAUAAUAAUAAUUACUCUGAUAAAUAAUCGUCAGAUGCCAUAAAAAUUGUAGGAGUUACGUUUAAAUUAACUCGUAGUUAAAACUUCAUUGGAAAGACUAAAUAACCAUGUAAACGUUCUCAGUAAGAUAUUUAUAGGUAAGUAGGUACUUCAAAGAUUAAACGCAUGUAAUGCUAUAAACUUUUAGAGUUAUACCUACCAAUAAAAACAAUGUAGCGUGUCUAUAAAAUAAGUUUGUGGUCAUAUCUAUUACCAUCUUAUCUCUUUUAUGUACAUUUAAUUGAAAGCAUCUAAUAGCUGCUAAUUAUGACCAUAAAUUAAUGUUUUGCUGUGAUAUACCUCAAGCACUGUCCCCUUCACCCUUUGGAUAUACCUAUUUUAUAUUUUUUCUUCAUCAUUGUAAUAAAUUCGGUGCUUGUGGUGAAUAUGAUAAUUUUAUUAUCAGCUAUGUAUAAUUAUUACGUAUAUGAUUGUUCAGUAAGGACUACCUUAUGAUUUGUAAACUUAGAAGUUUAAAAUAUUUCAUUUUCCCUGUAAAUAAACAAAAUUUCAAUUUCA